CGCCCUUUGCGCAUCUGCUGUUAAGGGAACUCGCGAGACAGUUUAACGAAGGCAACGGUCGUGAGCACAUCGCGUAGCGAUUGAAAGUGCGCAUUCUUGAUGAACAUUUUUACGCGCCGACACACAUUUCGUAUUCCGUUCGGAAGGAAUUAAUCCUUAAUUUUAUGAUUAAAAUCAGAAUUAAAUUCAAAAUUUAUUGUCAAACUUUAAACCAAAAAUUACAAACACAUUCUUGUGCGUGUGACUCUUAUAUAGGUGAAGUUACUAAAGGUACUGUGUCGUUAUUUCGACACAAAUGAAACUUUUAAUUAUUUAAUGGCCCUGUUCUCCGAAGAAAUCAAGUGAGCGAUUGAAAAUUGUAUGGUAUAAUUUAACUGUUAAGACAAGAAAAGAACACAUAAGGAAUAGCUUCAAUGUGUUGGAACACUUUUGAAAUUUGUGCACAAAGAUGUGUAAACAGGCUUGCAGAUUAAUAUACAAAACUGACUCAUCGUCGAUGCGAAUAGUGAACCUCGCAUUGGAGACUUGGCGAUCUCCUAUUUAUCGAGAAGAUACACAUGAGAUAGCUACGAACAGCAAUCAUGGCUCAGCCACCUGAAUCGGUGCCGGUGCAUUGCUACACGAAUCCGUCAUUCUGCCGUCAAUCGGAGUACAUCCCGGACGAUCAUGUUAACGACCUGCCGCCGCCGCCGCAGCAGUUUCAAGGAAGCGACGAUUUACCGCCGCCUCCGCCGCCGUUGCAAUUGCAAUGUCACGCCGCGGGUCAGAGCAAUCCGGCCUUCCAAGCCCCGCCGGAGACAACGUUGAACGUCUGCGAGUCACGAGACCGGUAUUGUUAUCUGGAGGGUAACAGGGCCCCCACGCACAGGAGAUACGCCAGUCUUCCGGUGGAGGAGUCUCGCGUGACUUACAACCAGUCCUCGCGAUACGAAUACAUAGAGCAGGACGAGGCGGAGAGGAGCCAGUUGCCGCGCAGGAACUCGUCGAGGUACGAGUUCAUUCCACGCCAGCAGGUGCAACAACGUUCCGCGCCGGCGACCAACCAAGACGAUCGAGGAGGGCCGCAGAAGCGAACGUGUCGCAGCAAUGCCGGUAGAUAUGCUCUUAUACCGGGUGACCAAGACUAUCAAGAAGACCACGGCCCGCAAUGGAGUAAUGCGAAAUCGGCGCCUCGACACAUCAACACUCCGCAGGGUCGUUACAUUAGAGUACCUCUGCAAGAAGAGAUUCCGCCGGCACUUCCCGAGAGAAACGCACAGGAGCUCUCGGUUUCGCCGAAGAAUAACUUAGCUACGCAGAAACUACAUGAAAUACUAUCCACACCCAGAAAACCGAGAUCCAGAUCCGAAGAGAGGACUCUAUCGCCGAAGAGGCAACAAUCAUUCAAUCAAACCGGCACACCGCAACGAAGGGCACUCACUCCUGCCGGAUCCCCAAAUGGUCGUACCUUCAGUCCAACGCGCACAACUCCUCAAGGCACACCUCACCGAGCCUUCUCGCCCACAGGACCUCAGACUUCGACGCCUAACAAGGAAUCAUCAGCUCGCAGAUGUCUUCCUCUGCUGGAGAACUCAUCCCGACAGCAGGACCUUUGUCCAGCCAGUAAUUGCGGCCGGCUUCGUUACGUUGGUACCGCCCCGGUAGAUUUAAUGAACAUGAGUCAUGAGCCGCCGCCUCGCUACGCUUAUACGGAAAGCGGUCUCGAGUCCAUGCCGAUGAUGUCCGGAUCGCCCAAGUAUCAGGUGGUACCCGCCGAACAGAAGAACUAUCAAAGCGUAGAAAGCGCAUUUAUGGCUCGAACCGCCGUCGUACCUCCAUUAUCUCCUCCGAAUAGCGACGCGAAUACGACGCUGGCGAGCGGUAUGGAAAAACAUGACAGAAAGAGCGCACCGAUACUUUUGAUAUUAGUCGGUCUCCUCACAUGUGGUCUCGCCCUGUACCUAUCCUGGUCGCAAGGAAGAAGAUACUACUUCGACAGUGCGGUCGGUUGCGGUGCCUGCUGCGCUCUAGCAGGUGCAUGCAGAAGUCUGCGAAAGACCUGGACAGGACUUGGCCUGGCUGGACUGUCGGCAUUGAGCUGCGCUGGUCUUCUGCUGCUCGCCGCUAAAUCUCCGAGGGACGGCACACCCCUUCAUGAUAUUACGGCCGGCGCCCUGUGCGGCGUGUCGGUCUUAGGCGCUGGUUUAGCCUUGUUGGCUCUUCUGAAGCCGAAAUGCAAUCUCGGACGUCAUAGACGAGUACAUUCUUGGAUACCACGGUUCUCUCCUUAGGUUCUAAUGCCGUUCUGACGACCAUUAAACAUAACUAUAUAAUCACAUUUACUUUAGAAUUAUUUUUCUUCCAAAAAGAGGAUAUGUAAAAAUGCUACUGUAAGGCUGUUGAAGCAUAUAUAAUAAAUAUUUUUACUACAUAGUUGGAAAAUAAUAUUUUAUUCUAUAAAUAUCGAAAUAAAAUGAGUUGCGCGAAGAAUAUUUACUAAAAGUAUAUUUCAAAAAAUUGUGCUAUGGAUAAGCGCAUACCUUUUCCAAAAAGUAUUAAUUGAAGGUAAUGAAUUUUUUUGUAAUCUUGAAAAGUCAAAUGUUAGCUUUCUGUUCGAUCAAAUAUGCGCAGUAAGAUCUAAGAUCUCAGCGACAAAUUUGAAAUGUAUUGAAAAUAGAUUAUUGCCAUUCACAAGUACUAUUAAUUCAUACUGCUUAUAAGAAUUGUUGCUCAAGCUCUUAAAUUAAGAUUUUAUUCUAUAAAAUAUUCUAUAUUCUAUAAAUUAUUCUAUAAAAGUUUAUGAAUUUCUUCAACAUCUUUUAAUGUCUACAUGUUUUUCAAAUUUUAUCUGAUGUUUAUUUAUUUAGCGCGGAUACAACGAUUGAGGCUCUCAUAGAUUCUCGUAGAUAUGAAUAUAGUUUAAGAGCUAUUAGCAUUUAUAAGAUAAAUCAUACGUACUUAUUAGCAUCGUUACGUCACACGAGACAGCUUUAUAAAUGACGCCUUCAAAACGUGUAAAGAUUUCAGAUUAAAGAUG